UGGCCGCCCGCACCGCACCCGCCACCGUCGCUGCCGCCAUGGGAGUGCAGGUGGAGACCAUCUCCCGUGGAGACGGGCGCACCUUUCCGAAGCGCAGCCAGACCUGCGUGGUGCACUACACCGGGAUGCUGGAAGAUGGAAAGAAAUUUGAUUCCUCCCGGGACAGAAACGAGCCCUUUAAGUUUGUGCUAGGCAAGCGGGAAGUGAUCCGAGGCUGGGAAGAAGGGGUGGCCCAGAUGAGUGUGGGUCAGAGAGCCAAACUGACUAUCUCUCCAGACUACGCUUACGGGGCCACCGGUCACCCUGGCAUCAUCCCACCAAACGCCACUCUGGUCUUCGAUGUGGAGCUUCUAGGACUGGAAUGACAGAAAUGGCCUCCUCCCUUAGCUCCCUGUUCGUGGAUCUGCCAUGGAAGGAUCUGGUGCCUCCAGACGCUGCACACGAGUCCAUGCGGAGCUCUUCCUGACUCCCCACUCCACUCUAUAAACAUCUGCCCCGACUGAACGUGUUCUGUCACUCGCCUUUGCUUCUG